AUGGACGAUCCUCAACUCUGGAUGACUAGCGAGGAGGACGACGACCAGUACGAUGUGGAAGGUGGCACUUCAUUCAUUCUGGAGCUCAGACCAGAGGGCGAGUCCGGAGGUUUCCACGUCCGUAACAGGCCUGGGGAAAGCCAGCGCCUCCACACGACUGAAUAUUACGGUGGCCGGCGGAAGAAGCCGGCUUUCAACGUUGGAGCUGUUGCGAAAGCCAUCAUUCAUGGGACGCUCGAUCAGUUGAACAAGACGCCCGCAACUCUUCUGGUUUAUGACUUCUCGUUUUUUUCACACCGCCGCUCUACGCGUAUCAAAGAUGCCAGCAUUACAUUCGAGUUUCAGGCGAGAGGUGGCAAGAGCAUUCCUGGCCCAACAGUCGAGAAAGUGGCCCCCUACGGAAAGUACGUUAUGAUGCAAACCACAGAGACAGUGACGCGGACUAUUGGCGCUGAUGGCGGCAUUUCGGGGGGUGUUAUUGCGAGUUUGAGUACCAAUCUUCGGGGUGAUCAAUCGAUCGAGAAGACGACGACGCAUGCCGCCGAGAUUGUGGGAAACAACCCCUGUGACGAUUGGAGCAACCGUUUCCUCGCGCAGUGGACUUUAAAAGAGAACGAGUCUCAAAAGAAUGGGAUUGUGUCACGUUUCAGGGCUUGUAUUCUUUUGAGUAACACUGGCGAGGAGUUCGAUUUGUUGCCCACGGUCAAGGUAACCCCCGACUUGAAGACGAAGAUGGUCACACUUGUAGCAUUCAGAAGAGGCGAUGAUCCUGUCAAGAUGGUUCCAACAAGCCCUCCGAUCGACAAUUUGGAAGAGGGGCUGGGAUGUGAUAGGGGCAACUUGGGAGCUGUUGACUUGGGCAGAGUGUGGGACUGUGACAUGGCCGACAUCAUGGGCUCGGCCGAACUCGACGAACUUGACCAUAGUUCAGCCGAAUCUCUCAAUGAAUAUGAAGUCGAAAGCGAAGAGGAUCAUGAGAGUGGAGAUGAGGCAGAGAAGACAUGGAAGGCACAGCAACUACAUGAACAAUGCAGGGAUGUCAUGGACGCUCUCACAAGGAAUAUGAGACGAUGGGACGAAAACACGGGAACUGAAGGCGUUCCGGUUCUUGAGGAAUACAAGAAGAUCACUCUCGCGACUGGGAAGGCCGGUACCUAUCCCAGGAUUGAGACCGCACUCCACACUCUGGCAAGGGACAAACUUCUAUUUGGCAAUUUGCAACCAGACAUCCGCAGCAAGCUUGUACAGUAUCUUUGGGAUCACCGAUCGACCUAUAGCGAUUCGGGACACGAUUCAAGCGUCACGGGGGACCCAGUCCUGGCAGUGGCCCUGCGAUCCGAUAAUGGCGUGUUCAUUGACUGCGUUGAAAAAUGCUUGGGCGAUAGCUUUCCCAUGCUGCUCAGCCUUCAAGACGGGGAAGGGAAAAACUGUAUUCAUCAUCUGUUUUUCUGGGAUCAAGCAAAUAACAGGGACCGACGCAGCAAGGACCGCAUCCUGGGCCAGAUGGAAAGGCUUGCUCCCAGAGCCGACGCAGGGACACUUGCGACAGCGGACACCAAUGGAAACACGCCGAUUCAUUACGCACUCGAUUACAACCAGUGCCUCAAUAAGCCGGACAAAUACGUUGAGAUUGUCAAGGCCAUGGUGCAGAGUGCGGAUGCUGUCAUGAGGGAGAGUGGGACUGUGCUCAACAAAUUCGGUGAUUCCCCUAUCUUGGUCACCAGCAAGUCGAAGGCGUUCAAGGACAUCCGUGACUUUCUGACAGUGCACUACAUCCGAACACGAUCAGAUGCGGAUGCUCGCACCCUCAUCUACGGAAGAAACGCUUCUGGGUUGGUCAGGAACCUGUAUUUUGAUGCAAUUGGGCAGCAGGACGCGCAGGAUAUAACAGAUCUUCUGCAGCGCAUGUCGGAUGGCGGCUUUGGCACCACACUAGCCUACGUCAACCUUCCGACAGUCCGGUUCAAUCCCCCCAGACGAUCGUCAGCCGAGCUUUCUGGGCUACCUCGCCGAAAGGUGAAGCCUAAAACCAACCAAAAGAGUCUACCAGAAAAUCCUGGAGUCGGGCGCACGGAACUGGUUCAGGUAUUCAAAAAGCUAUACGACCUCAACGUCAGAAGCAUACUGCGGCUUUCUGUCGAGGACAGACAAUCGCCGUCGCAUACCGAUGCCGCCAUCGAGGAGGCAUUGCAAGGCCGCGAAUCUAUAACAGACGGAGCAGGUUCUAGCCGUCCAAUAGCCGUAGAAAAGUGGUGA